AUGGCUUUUCUACAAUUUAAGAGCAAUGAAACGUUAUAUUUUUCCAACAUAUCAAAUGCUAAAGAUGAACAAUCCAAGGUAAUGAGUACUUCUCAUCCAAAUGAUGAUCAACAUAAAAUUUUGAAAAAAACUAGAGAAGGAGGAGAUAUAUAUUCUGAUAUUUAUGUAUGGUAUUUUCUCAAGAAUGUAUACAAAAAAAUGGAAAUUUGUUCUUUUAAUAAAAUGGAUAAUACCUAUACAUUAAGAAGAAAAGGGAUUACAUUUGAGAAUGUCCCUGCUGAUAAAAUAAAACCAUACUUAAAAAAUAUAGAUGAACUAGAUAGUGAAAACAAUAUAGAAAUUAUUCAGUUAAAUGAAGAGAAUGUUCUGCAGAAUAUAAAAAACAGAUAUAAGAAAAACAAAAUUUAUACCUUUCAUGCUUCUCUUUUAUUAGUUGUUAAUCCAUAUAAAGAAAUAAAAGGGUUGUAUGAUAUAAGUCAAAUGAAUAUAUAUUUAAAAAAACUGACAGACGAUUAUAUAUCAAAUGAAGAGAAUAUGAAAGCUCAUAUAUAUGAUAUUAGUAAUAUAGCUUAUAAGAAUAUGAUCCUAAAAAAAAAGAAGCAAACAAUUGUUGUAUCAGGACAUAGUGGAAGUGGUAAAACAGAGAAUUGUAAAUUUCUUUUUAAGUAUUUUCAUUACAUAUUUUUUCAUAAAAAUGGAGGAACUCAUAAUGACAACAAAAAUAAUAAUAUUAAUAUUAAUAAUAAUAUUAAUAAUAAUAAUAAUAAUAAUAAUACACAUAAUUCUUAUAACAAUAUAUAUAAUAAUUUUCUUACAAAUAUUAGUGCACCAUUGAAAGAUGAAACAGAUAGCUGUGUUGAGAAAGAAAAUUUUUCUGGUCUUUUAGGAUGUUAUAAAAAGAUUGUUGAUAGUAAAAAGGAUAAUAUAAAAGAUAUGAUGAAUGGUAGUCACAAAAUUUACAAUGAUAAUCUACAUAAUGAACGAAUUGAUAAACUUAUAUAUAUCAAUAAUAUUAUAGAAUCAAUGAGUAACGCUAGAACUAUAAAGAAUAAUAACAGUAGUAGAUGUGGACGAAUAAAUGAUUUAAUUUUUGAAGAAAGAGAGAAUAAUAGAGUACAAUCUGAUGAAUCACAUAAUAUGUUUAAUUAUUGUUUUAAUAAUAUAAAAAUUGUAAUUCUUUUAUUAGAAAUUAAUAGAUGUAUUCGUCAUAAUAAAGGAGAACGUAAUUUCCAUAUAUUUUAUCAAGUAUUAUAUGGAUUAAGCGAUAAACAAUUAUAUGAUAGGAAUUUAAUAAGGAACAUAAAUCAUUAUCAUAUCUUAAAUUGUGGUAAUGAAGAUGAUAAAGAUAAAUGCACAAAUAAUAUAUCUAUAGAUAAUAACAUUAUUAAUAAUUAUGAAGAAUUAGAAAGAUGCAAAGAUGAAAAAAAUUUUAAAUAUUUAUUAGAUGGAUUAAAUUAUAUAAAAUAUGAUUCACAUAGAAUUAAUGAAUUUUUUGAUGUUAUAGCUGGUAUAUUACAUCUAGGUCAAAUAAUAGAAGAAAAUAUGAAAAAGGAUAAUUGUAAUGAUAAGUUGAUUGAUAUAAAAAAUAAUAAGAAAACUAAUAAUAUUUUAAGUGCAACAUAUAGAUAUUGUUCAGAAUGUUUGGGUAUAAAUAUAGAGGAUCUUGAAAAUACGAUAAAAUAUAAAAAUAUCAAUGUUUCCUCAGAAUCUAUUAGAACCCAUAGGAACAAAGAGAAUAUAACAUCUACAAUUCAUACGAUAAUAAAAAUAAUAUAUAAAACUUUUUUUAACAAGAUCAUAAAUGAUAUAAAUAUGACGCAUUUAAGUGAUAAAGAAAAAGAAGAAAUAAUGAAUGAACAAAUAUAUAUGUGUAAUCAUAAUAUCAUAUCUAUAUUUGAUAUAUAUGGAUUUGAAGAAUUAUCAUAUAAUGAUUUUAAUCAGUUAUGUAUAAAUCUAGCUAAUGAAAAAUUAAAUAAUUAUUAUAUUAAUAAUGAAAUAGAAAGAGAGAAAAUAAUAUAUCAGAAUGAAAAUAUAUUUUGUAAUAAUAUUCAAGUGCCUAAUUAUAAGGACACUUUAAUUUUUAUAGAUAAAAUAUUUUCAAAUUUAGAUGACAUAACAAAAUUACAUAAUAGUGGAUAUAAAAAAAGUGAUGACCAUUUUUAUAAUUAUUUGUUGAAUAAUGAAAAGAUAUAUUUAGAUAAAAAUGUGUAUGGCUUUAUAAAUAGUAAAGAUGAAACACAUACAACUAAAAAACAGAACAUAAAGAAAAAUCAGUUUUUUAUAAACCAUUAUGCUGGACCUAUAACGUAUACGAUUAAUAAUUGGAUAUAUAAAAAUAGUGAUAAGAUAGAGUUGGAGAUAGAAAAUUUGAUAAAAAAUUCGAGCAAUUAUUUUUUAAAAGAUACAAUAAAUAAUAAAAUGGAUCAGAAUAAUUGUGUUAAUUUCACAAAUUAUCAUACAAGUGAACGUGAGGAGAAAAAAAUAGAUGCAGAACAGAAGACAUUCAAUAUGAAUAAUAUGUUGAUAGGAAAAAAACGAGAAAGCUUUCUGAAUGAACAUGAGAAUAUAUCAGGUGAUAAAGAUGUAGAUAUAAAACAAGAGGAUGAAAAAAAUGGAAAUUUAUUGUCACAUAAAGAUAAUAGAAAGCAUAUGGAAAUUUCAACAAUGUUAUUCAACAUAAAUUUGGAAGGAAAAAAAUUAAAUAUAAAUAAAAAUAAAAAUAUAAAUAAUACAAAUAAUACAUAUAAUAAUAAUACAAAUAAUACAAAUAAUACAUAUAAUAAUACAUAUAAUAACUCUAUUUGUCAUAAUAAUAAAAGGAAUUCUAGAAACGUAUUAAGUGUAAGUAAAAAAUAUAUCAAAGAACUAGACAAUCUAUUCAAUAAUUUGGAUAAAACAGAUAUGUAUUAUAUUAGAUGUAUCUUACCAAAUGAUAAAAUGCAGAAAAAUUAUUUUAAAAGAUAUUUAGUAUAUGAACAAUUAAAGCAAUGUGGAUCUAAUGAAAUGAUAAAAAUAUUGAAUAGUGGUUUGUCUCAUAAAAUAAAAAAAAAUGAAAUAUUAAAAAAUAUGCCGACGACAAUACACAAUGAAUUAAUAUAUUGUAAUAAUAAUGAUAAAAUAUAUUAUUUUAUGUGUUUUUUUGAUGAAAAGAAGGGUUUCAAGAUAGGAAAUAAUUUUGUCUUUAUGAAAUCAAAUGUAUAUACUCAAAUUAAUUAUUAUAUAUCAAAGUGUUGUAUAUCAUACAAGUGUAACAAAGAUGAUAAUAAUAAUAAUAAUAAUAAUAAUAAUAAUAAUAAUGUGGAUGAUAUAUUUAAAGAUGUAAACAAAAAAAAGGAUAUAUUGAAGUCCUUACAAAAGAUACGCUUUCAAAGAUGUGUUGCAGUAAUAAAAAUAUAUAACUGGAUAAAUAGUUCCUUUAAAAUAUAUAUAGAGAAGAAAAAAAAAAUGAAAAAGAUUGCAUGUGAAUAUAUAUAUAAAAUAUAUUUGAUAUAUAAAACGAUGAUAAGUGUUAAGAAGUCUUUCUCAUAUAAUAUUAGAAGGUUAAACAAAUGUUUUACAAUAAAAGGUUACAUGUUAGCAUAUAAUAAGAUAAAAACUUUAAGAAGGAGAGGAUCGUUCAAAAUAAAUCACACAAAUAAAUUUGGAAAUAACAAGGAGGAUGAAAAAAAAAAAAAAAAAGAAUCCAUUGGAGAUAUGAAUAAUAGGGGUGAAACGAAUAUGCAAGAAUUGAAUAAUAUUGUUGACAAAGGAAAAAAUGAAAAUAUUGCAAUGAGAGAUGAAAUAGGAGGAGACAAAAAAGAAGGAAUGGAUAAUAAAAAAAAGGAUGACAUUAAAUGUGACAAUACAUAUCAUGAUAGUAGUAGUCAUAAUAAUAAUAAUAAUUUUUAUUAUGAUGAUGCAACAGGUGUGGAGAGAAAAGCCUUAGGAUAUGCCGAACAAGAAAUAUUUGUAAGCACUCCAGAUAAUUAUCAUUAUAUAUAUAAUAAUAUAGACUGGGUUGUAUCAUAUGUAGACAGAUGUAUACAUUUCUAUAAUUUAAUAUAUACAUAUAAAAAGGUAAAUAACAAGUAUGUUUUAGAUUAUGAAAAAAUUGAAAUAAAAAAAUUAUAUGAUAGUGUAGAGGAUGAAACAAAUAUGUGUAAUAAAAAGGAUAACACAGAAUAUAAUACAUAUAGUGAUGUGAUAAAUAGUAAGGGAGAUGAUAAUAUAUAUUCUUAUGAUAGUAUGGAUGGUAAAAAAAAAGGAUGUACUUUAAAAAUAAAAGUAUAUGAAGAGGAUACAAAUAAUAAAAAUAAUGAUAAGAACAAACAAUGUCAAUUUGUAAAGGAAUAUAAUUAUGUGAAUAACCAGAUGUAUUCUUUUUUAGAGCGCAAAUAUGUUUGUAUAAAUCAACAUGAUUUAUAUAAAAAUAUGUUUGUAGUAAUUGAUGAGUAUUUAAAUAUAAUUGUAUUCACUUAUCCAAAUUUAAAAACGAUCAGAAGGUUUCUUAAGAAAAAAAUAAAAUCUUUAAAAAUACAAAGCGAUGAAAAAAAUGUGCCCACGACAUAUUUGCCUCAGUUAUAUAAAAGUAGUAGAUAUGAACAUCCAUUACAAAAUAGAGAUAAGAUGAAUAACAGAAUUGACAGUAUGAAUGAUAUUUAUAAGGAACAAUACAUAGAUGAAUGCAAAGAGAAAAAUAAUUAUAUUAUUAAGAAAAACGAAAGAGAUGAUGUAGAUGAAUCUUAUACAUCAACCUUUGAUAUAUUUAGUGAUGAAAAUUUAAAAAUAUUUAUGCAUACUUAUAAAAACAUUUACGUGUUGAAUAAUAUGGAGGAUAUUACAUAUAAUGAAAGGGUUGAGAAAAUAAAUUAUGGGUAUAAACAAAAUAAAUCACAAGAUGAUGAAGUAUUUAUGUUGGAUGAAGACAUGAAAGGGAGUUCAUCAAAUAAAAACAAUAUUGAAAAAGAUUACAAUUGUAUAAAUAAAAAAAAUAAAGAAAAAAACUAUUUCAGUUUAUUGAAAGUGAUAGAAAAAACAGAAUAUAUAUUUGAUGAACUUUAUUUAAAUUCAACAUAUAAAAUAUUAAAAAUAUGUUUCUUACCUAGUAGUAUUCAUUAUGUUGUAUAUUUAGCAUAUGUCCUAAUAAAUAAUAAUCAUUAUUUACUUGUAACUAUAGUAAAUUAUUUAAGUAAACCAGUAUACAAAUAUAUGGUACAUAUAUUAAUAAAUAAUAUAGUACAAAAUGAAGAAUUUGUGCAAUUUUUUAUGAAAAGUUAUGACCAAGAAGUUUGUUCAGGUCAUUUAAUGGAAAAGGAAGAAAUUUUGGCUAGCCAGGAAAAAAAAAAUAAAGACAAAUCAAUAAUAAUAACAAAUAUACAACAAGAUGAAGAGGGAGAGGGCGAAAAAAAAAAAAAAAAAAAAUAUAUAUAUUAUAUGUGUGAAGAUAUAUUAAAUAAAUAUUUAAGUACAUUAAAAAUAUCUAUACUUAAUAAUCGUCAUAUAAUACUCUAUGGAUCUUGUUUAUUAAGUUUAAUAGAAAUAAAAAAUUAUAAUUUAAAUAGUUCAUAUAAUCCUUAUGUUAAAGAAUAUGAAUAUAAAUAUUUAAAACUUAUAUUCAAUUUAUACUGUUUUGAAUAUUUCAGUAAUGUUUAUGAUACAUAUGUCAACAAAUUAUCUUACGAUUUAAAGCAUCACCUGGUAAAAAAUGAUUUAUUUAAAAAGGAGAGAAAAAAUAGCAAUUUGGUUUACCUGAACAAGUCAGGCGAAAAUUGUGAUGAAAAUGGAGAUAAAUCCAAAGGUGAAAAUAAAAAUGAAGAAAAGUAUGAAAAUGCACACAUAUAUAAUAAUAAUAAUAAUAAUAAUAAUAAUAAUAAUUAUAAUUAUAAUAAUAAUAAUAAUUGGAUGCAUACAUAUGAAGAGACCAUAAAUAAGUCCAAUAAGAAUGACAACAAUUUUGAGGAAGAAGAAUAUACAUUUUAUAUUUUUUCUUUGUAUAAUGAUAUAUAUAUGUUGACAAAUGGUAAAUAUAAAAAAAUGAGCAACAUAGAAAAAAUUAAUGAUAUAAAUGGUGGAGAUAAUCAAAAUGGUGGUGAUGCCAAAAAAUUGUUGGAUGUUCUCUUUAAUUAUAAUGAAUGGAAAAUAAUAAAAUUAAAAAAUGAGAGUAUGGAUGAGCGUAAGAAAAUUUGUACAUUUCAAGGUGUUAUGAAUAUGAAUAUAAAUUAUUAUUAUAAUAAAAAUUAUUACAAGAGUAAUAUAUCUUUAGGUUCAUGUAUUCAAUCAACGAUUCAAAGAUAUAAAAUAUUUAAUGAGGACAAAGGAAAGGGAGGUGUUAUUAAAAUGAAUUAUCAAGGGUCUAUAUUUCCUGAUGUGUAUAUAUUAAGGGAGAUCAAAUAUGUAGAACAAGGACAAAAGAGGAAACAAGAAUAUUAUUACAACUUUAAAAAGGAAAAAUUGUUUACCUUGUAUGAUGAAGGUGGUUAUGACACAACUGACACGAGUGAAAGAAAUAUAGAGUCAUACAACAUCUUAUCGUGUACCCCAUUAAAUCAUUUAGAUACCAUAUUAUUAUUAAUGAAGAAUACAGAUGAGAAUAAUUCCUAUGCUCUGCAAGUGAUGAACAUCGUCAACAAAAAAAAAAAAAUUCUUCCUAUCACAGAAUGA